AUGUAUUGGUUCGUCUCUAUGUUUCUUUCACCUUUGUGGCAUUGGGUGGAUAUCCGGAGUAUGCUGCUCUUCACUAUAGUCUUUUUAGUCAUCGUGGACUAUGCCAGGAACCGUCGGCCUAACAGUUUUCCACCUGGACCCAUGGUUCUGCCUUUUGUGGGGAACAUAUUUUCUGCUGACUUAAGAAAGAAUGAGCAUAUGUUGCUGCUGGCUGAGAAGUAUGGUCAAGUCUACAGUUUGAGACUGGGACAGGAAUGGAUAGUGAUGUUGAAUGGAUUCAAGACCGUGAAAGAUGUUUUGGUAAACCAGGGAGAUAGCUUUUCAGACCGACCACUACUGCCUAUUUUGGAUGAAGUGGCCUUCAAACAGGGUAUAGCUAACACUAAUGGGCAUAUGUGGAAACAACAGAGGCGCUUUGCCCUACUCACCCUCAAACACUUCAUCAACAGAAAGUCCUUUGAGGAUGCCAUUGCGGAAGAAAUAGCAUAUUUGUUGAAAGAAAUUGCUGAUCGUAAAGGCAACCCCUUUGAUCCCCACAUAUUCAUCAAAACUACCGUCUCCAACAUCAUCUCCUCACUUGUUUUUGGUCAUCGCUUUGAGGUGAAUGAUGAGGGGUUCCUCACACUGCUACGAGGCUUGGACCAAAUUUUUUAUAUUCUAAACUCUGCUUGGGCUCAGCUGUACAACUCAUUUCCCAUGCUGAUGAGACAACUGCCGGGGCCGCACCAGACCAUACAAACAGUUUAUAAAGACACGAUGGACUUCAUAAGAGCCGAGAUCAACAAACACAAGGAAGACUGGGACCCCUCAGAGCCAAGAGACUACAUUGACUACUACCUGAAUGAGAUUCAGAAGAGCAAAGGGAUUGCCACUGGUGAGAUGACCUUCUAUGAGGAGAACCUGGUGAUUUGUGUCUUGGACCUUUUUUUUGCUGGCAGUGAGACUACAGCCAGCACCCUUCGCUGGGCCUUGCUCUACAUGACACAAUACCCAGAGGUUCAAGAAAAGCUCCAGGCUGAGAUAGACCAAGUGAUCGGACCAUCCAGACGGCCAACCAUUCUGGACCGUGGCAAUCUGCCCUACACUAAUGCUGUCAUUCAUGAGAUCCAGAGGAUGGGCAAUGUAGUUCCUCUCAACAUACCUCAUGCAACCACCAGAGAUAUCCAGUUGGGAGAAUACACUAUCCCAAAGGGAAUUAUAGUUCUUCCGAAUCUUACAACAGUACUGUAUGACAAAAAUGAAUGGGAGACACCAUUCACCUUUAACCCAGGACACUUUCUAAAUGAGGAUGGCGAGUUUGUGAAGCCAGCUGCAUUCCUUCCUUUCUCUGCUGGCAAAAGGGCAUGUCUUGGUGAGAAUCUGGCCAGAAUGGAGCUUUUCCUGUUCUUCACUUCCCUCAUGCAGAUGUUUACGUUCUCCAUGCCUGCUGGUGUGAAACCUGUGUUUGACUACUGCUGUGGGGUUACCCAGGCACCGGUCAACUAUGAAAUCUGUGCCAAUCUGCGUUAA